AUGAAGUUGCCCACACUGGACAAGGUCUCCGAGUCUGGGUUGUUAAGGACAAUCGACCCGGUGAUCCAGGUUUCGUAUGCAAAGGCCGGUAAGUCGACAAUGAAGGGCGUUGUUAUCAAGCUGACCAUGUCGAAGCACGAGUUCGGGAACAGCGUCACCUUGUGCAACCCUGUCCCAAGGCUCGUCAAUCACAGACCCAAUACCACGGAGAUGAUCAGGCGCUACAUCCUGGCUGCGGUCAGCAACAAGAACGUAUCCACUAUCCUGUACAACGUCGUGAGCACAUCGAUCGAGAUGAGGAAGAUAAGCAGCAACUGCGCAAAGAGCCAGGGGGCCUCGGGCAGGAAGGUCAUCCACUGUCUGUGUGGGAAUCCUAAAGUUCCAGGAGCUCAAAACUCGGAUCCGAGGAACCGCUCGUACAUGGUCGUCGACUUGAAUGUCAACACCUCAAGGCUGCUUGCACAGAAGACGAGGCUCAGAAUCUUGAAUUGCGACGCGGAAACCAGUCUAUUGAAGCAGGUCAAGGCCAUCAUGAGGUCGUUCGGCAACAUCAUGAUCUUUAACGGCACGUUCCAAGACUUCUUGGGUGGCUUUUACCUCAAGGUCAUCCCCCUCGCUAUACCGCGGUCGCACUCCAUUCCUCACGUCGCCGUAGCCGCUCGGCAAUCUUGA